CAAAGUGAGGAGGAGGAGCCGGGGGAGGAAUCUGAGGGGACCCCGGGGUUCUUUUUAAAAUGUGAUGGAGGGAAGGGAGACCCCGACCCGACCUAGCCGUACCACUCCCACCAGCCCCAGGGUCAACCCUGCUCUGGUGAAGCGCCCCCGUUUCCAGACACUGGCUCGCUUCUGGGAGGGUCAAGACGUUCUAGCUCGGUGGACAGACGGACUGCUGUACCUGGGCAUCAUCAAGAAGGUGGAUAGCACACAGGAGACGUGCCUGGUCCGCUUUGAAGAUAACUCCCAGUUCUCAGUGCUGUGGAAGGACAUCUUUCCUCCCGCCGUCCCGGGGAAGGAGCAGCUGUGCUGCGUGUGUAACUCACAGUCGUGUACCUCUGACAAUAAACUCGUGCAUUGUGGGAAGUGCAAGCACGGUGAGGACAAAACUAGCUCAUUGCCUUCUGUCAUCUCCGCUUCAUGGUGUUAG